AUGAUUAUUAUAAGUGACAAUGGUGAUGGGAUUAAUAAGUUGAAUUUACAAUUAUCUAAGCAGUUUGAGAUGAAGUAUUUAGGCACUCUUCGUUAUUUUUUAGGGAUUGAAGUUUCUUACUCGUCUAGAGUUUAUCUUCUUUUUCAAUCCAAGUACAUUGCUAACAUUCUUGAACAAGCUCGCUUAUCUGAUACUCAAGCAACAUAUAGCCCUCUUGAGCUAAAUGUGAAAUAUACUUCUUCUGGUGGAGUUAUUCUACCAAAUCCCACCUUGUAUCGUAAUUUGGUUGGAAGUGUGGUGUACCUUACUAUUACUAGACCUGAUAUUGCUUGUGUAGUGCAUGUUGUGAGUCAAUUUGUUGUUUCUCCUACUACAGUACAUUGGGAAGUUGUACUUCAUAUUCUCCUUUAUCUCCAAGGAACACGGUUUCAAAGUCUCUUAUUCCCGUCAACCUCUUCCUUAGAAUUACGUGUUUACUUUGGUGUUGAUUGGGCUGGUGAUCCUACUGAUCGUAAGUCUAUAACAAGGUUUUAUAUCUUUCUUGGAGAAUCUCUCAUCACUUGGAAGAGUAAAAGAUAUGAUAUUUUCUCCCGCUCUUCUAACGAAGCAGAGUAUCGUGAAAUGACUUCCACAACUCCUAUGUAUUGUGAUAAUAAGAGUUCCAUCCAAAUUUCCCAUAAAUCAUUCUUUCACGAUCGUACAAGACACAUCGAGAUUGAUUGUCAUCUCACUCGUUAUCACUUUUAG